AUGGGCACCCAAGAACAACAACCUCUUUUAGAGCCAUCAACCCAAUACAGUACCGUCCCGCAAAGUCGUUUCCAAGAGCCUGUCAGGAUCUCAUCCGAUGAACUACUCACGCCAUUCCCCGAUACAUUACCAGGCGCGACAUAUAGAAAGAAUCUCAACUGGUCAAGUGCAUAUAUUUUGGUCGUGUCACGCGUGAUCGGAAGCGGAAUCUUUGCUACGCCAGGCUCAAUCGUCAAAUCCGCCGGAAGCAUCGGAUUAACCCUGCUAGUAUGGUUGGCUGGAACAAUCCUGUCAGGCUGCGGCCUAGCCGUCUCGAUGGAAUAUGGCUGCAUGCUGCCUCGCUCUGGGGGAGAAAAGGUGUACCUCGAGUAUACCUACCCGCGCCCGCGGUUCCUCGCUUCUAGCCUGGUCGCUGUUCAGGCCGUGCUAUUGGGGUUCACUGCAAGCAACUGCAUUAUAUUUUCGAAGUAUACGCUGUUUGCGCUCAGUUCUGAGCCUACUGAGCUUCAGCACAAGGUUCUUGCAGUCGGACUUUUGACAGUUAUCACUAUCAUUCAUGGCUGUUUUUUGAAAACGGGCAUCUUUGUCCAAAAUGUGCUUGGAUGGGUUAAGAUCUUCCUCAUAGGCGCAAUGUCCCUAACUGGUAUAUGGGUUGUAUUUCUCCGUUUGAAUGGAGAUACUGGUAAUAUAUCUCCAGGUUCAAGUGUCGGACCCCUUUCUUGGGACUCGAUCUGGGAAGGGUCUAACUGGAGCUGGAGUUUGCUUUCGACGGCAUUGUUCAAAGUUUAUUAUUCCUACGCCGGGUUGAGCAACAUUAACAAUGUUCUGAACGAGGUGCAUGACCCGGUGGGGAUAGUGAAGACCGUGUGUCCUACUGCCCUACUCACGGCUGGCAGUCUGUAUUUUCUUGCAAACCUAUCAUACUUCCUCGUCAUUCCUCUGGAAGAAAUCAAAAACAGCGGGGAGCUAGUCGGUGCAUUGCUUUUUGAAAGACUCUUUGGUGAUCAGAUUGGCAGGAUAUUCUUCCCCUUGGCCAUUGCAAUUUCUGCGGCUGGAAAUGUGAUGGUGGUGACCUUCGCCUUGGCGCGAGUCAAUCAAGAGAUAGCCCGACAAGGGUUCCUCCCAUGGCAGAGCGCCCUGUCUUCUACCAAGCCUUUCGGAACUCCUCUUGGUGGGCUCAUCGUGCACUAUAUACCUUCUGUUCUAGUCAUUGGUCUUCCACCCCAAGGGGAUGUCUACAACUUCAUUCUAGAUCUAGAAGGAUACCCAGGUCAGGUAGCUGCUUUGGCAGUUACUGUCGGCUUGCUGGUCGUUCGUUACCGUGAGCCCCAUCUCCCGCGACCCUUCAAGGCAUGGUUGCCUGCUGUCUGGUUACGUGUUGUGGUAUGUCUCACUUUGCUGGUAACACCAUUUAUCCCGCCGCCCAAUUGGCAAGGGGACGUUGAUUUCUUCUAUGCUACCUAUGCCCUUGUUGGCAUUGGAAUAAUACUUUUUGCUGUUCUCUAUUGGUAUAUCUGGACCGUGGCACUUCCACGCAAGGGAGGCUAUCGGCUCGAAGAGGAGAAGGAGAUAUUGGCUGAUGGAACCAGCAUCAUCAAGCUUGUUCGUGCUUAUGAUAUCUAG